CUUUAAUUACAGUCGGCAGCAUGUUUAGUACUGUCCCUUUAAGACCUGCACGCAUCUAAUAUACAGGCAUGCACGCGUUUCUCUCAGCUGUUUACUUUCAUUUUAGACAUAACCAACUGAGUCUAUACAUAAACCUGGUGUGUUUUGACAGUAUUAGCACAAAACAUAACUUAGUUCAGUAAUCAGGCGCUGUUUGACGGGCUUUUUAGAGCACGCGCUUUGGGUGUAUGUGCUCAGAAAAGGCGCUGGUCAGAACAACACUCGAGUGAAACGUUUAACCAGUAAGUCUUUGAAGCAGAUGCAGAUAAUGUACUUUUGGUGACUGCGAAUAAGUGCAGUGUCCCGUGAGAGUAACUCUACCACUGAGUUAACACUGAUGUGAAUGUAUGUGGCGUUGUACAGUAUAGAGACGGUGGCGCCAGAACUGCAGCUGAUAGAAUGCGCGCUGAAGUACGAUACUACGAUAUUUCUUCAAAAAAGCAAAUCGUGGAGACAUUUUUUAUAGUCCACGAUCAAAAAUCGUCAUAUCGAACACCUCUACCCUCGGCAGAAAUCGCAGACCGGGGGCACCAGACCGCAAGGACACUUUACCGUCGGACCUCAAAGGGGCAGGGGCUCGAGCCCCCCUGGCCCCCCCCUUGUGCACGCCACUGUUGACAUACUAAGGAUUUUGUUUGUGUUCUGCUGAAGAAAGAAAGUUUUGCAGGCUUGGAAUGACAUGAGGGUGGGUGAGGGGGGAUUUGGAAAACAGGUGCUCAAAAACACAGCUGAAUGGGAACGUCCACUCAACUUGUGUGUGUGAGUGUAAGACAGGCAGGCAACAGAGAAACAGGCUGUAUGAUGAGCUCAAGAGGGAUUUUUACAGAUGGGAUGAGCUCCCGGCAUGAUAUGUCAACCCUGUGACUUCCUUCACUAAUGAUCCUCUCUGAUCUUUGACGUCCCCGCUCAGAGCACGCUUCCCCACCUGAGGAGUCUGUUUCCAGAGUUUCUCUCCCCUCACAGACAGACCGAGUCAACUGGAGAAUAUGUCAGAGCUCAGCUCCAAAAAACAAGGAUUUAAAAAAUGCCGGAGUGCCACUUUCAGCAUUGAUGGCUUCAGCUUCACUAUUGUGGCGAAUGAAACUGGAGAGAGCAGUGCGAGACCUCUGGCACGAUUCGCACGUUCCAAGUCCCAGAAUGCUUUGUGGAACGCCAUCACUGCAGGCAUCGGCAUCAAGGACAAAGACAAGCGGGGUAUCCUGAUUGACCCGCGGAGCCCGGAGGAGAUUCUAGCUGAUGACCUGCCCUCUGUCGACAGUCCUGAUGCCAUGGAGAAGACCGCCAUCAGGCUGAGAUGUUUAGUGAAACAGUUGGAGAGAGGUGAGGCUUCUGUUGUCGACUUGAAGAAAAACCUAGAAUAUGCUGCAUCUGUUUUGGAAUCUGUCUACAUUGAAGAAACAAGGCGGUUGGUGGAUACAGAAGAUGAGCUCAGUGACAUCCAGUCCGACUCUGUUCCCUCAGAAGUGCGCGACUGGCUGGCUUCAACUUUCACACGUCAGAUGGGGCUGAUGUUGAGACGGUCGGAGGAGAAGCCACGAUUUCGCAGCAUCGUGCACGCGGUGCAAGCAGGGAUAUUUGUGGAAAGGAUGUACCGACGGACCUCCAACAUGGUGGGGCUGAGCUAUCCACCCAGCGUGAUCACGGCCUUGAAGCAUGUGGACACGUGGUCAUUUGACGUCUUCACACUGAAUGAUGCCAGCGGAGAUCAUUCACUCAAAUUUAUUUUUUAUGAACUUCUCACCAGAUAUGACAUAAUCAACCGCUUUAAGAUCCCUGUUUCUGCUCUGGUGUCUUUUGUGGAGGCCUUGGAGGUGGGCUACAGCAAGCACAGAAACCCUUACCACAACCUAAUCCACGCCGCAGACGUCACCCAGACAGUGCAUUACCUCCUGCUCAAGACUGGCAUGGUUCACUGGUUAACAGAGUUGGAGAUCUUUGCUAUGCUGUUCGCUGCUGCUGUGCAUGAUUACGAACAUACCGGCACCACCAACAACUUUCACAUACAGACCAGAUCCGACACAGCUAUACUAUACAAUGACCGUGCCGUACAGGAAAACCACCAUGUUAGCGCUGCAUAUCGCCUCCUGCAGGAAGACGAUGAAAUGAACAUCCUUUACAAUUUGUCAAAAGAUGACUGGAGAGAAUUGCGGGCUCUGGUGGUCGAGAUGGUCCUGGCCACCGACAUGUCCUGUCACUUCCAGCAGAUUAAAGCCAUGAAGAACUUCCUCCAGCAGCCAGAAGCGAUUGAUAAACCCAAGGCCUUAUCCCUGAUACUGCACACCGCUGACAUCAGCCACCCUGCCAAAAACUGGAACAUGCACCACCGCUGGACCACCUCACUGCUGGAGGAGUUCUUCAGACAGGGCGAUAAGGAGGCAGAGCUUGGACUUUCUUUCUCUCCUUUAUGUGAUCGCAAGUCUACCAUGGUGGCCCAGUCUCAGAUCGGUUUCAUUGAUUUCAUCGUGGAGCCCACCUUCACUGUGCUGACAGACAUGAUUGAGAAAAUCGUGACUCCGAUGAUCGAAGAAGCCUCACCCUCCGGUCUGGUUGGAUUCAGACGGUCCAGUCUGAAUAACAUCCCGUCGGACGGUAAACGCUCUACUGUGAGAAGCACUGGUUCGGAGGGUGGCACUUCCCUGAACUGCUCUGUAAACGCUGUCGAUUUUAAGACCUUCAAAAUCACCUGGAAUGAGGAAGUGCAUAAAAACAGAGAAAAAUGGAAAGCACAGGCUGCCAAAGAUCUAGAAGAGAAGGCCAAACAAGAAGAGAAUGAGGAGAAAGAUAAUAAAACCGACACAGGCACACAAAGCAAUGACAGCAAAGGCGAUAGUACUAAAAAAGAAGACAAGAUCAACACAGACUCGAGUGUGAAAUCUCAAGACAAACAGAAGGAAGACACAAGACAAGAGAAGGAUUCAAAGACAGAUCGAGAAGCUACAGGCGAUAACAAAGAGCCCACAGAGCAACAGCCCAGAGAGGAAGAGGGCAAUAAAGACCCAGGGGGGGUUAAUGGGGCUCAAACACCAGCGUCCGACGCCAAAGAGCCCGAGACCAGCAGUGACACGGACAACAGCCAGCGAGCGCACAACAGGAACGAGGAACUGAACUCGCCUGACAGUGACGACAGUGAAAGCAAGAGAUUGGACGACUCAGAAGACAAGCACAGUAACUGUGGGAUCUCCCCCUCUUCACUGGCAGACAGUGCAGCCGCUGCAUCUGCACCUGAUGCAAACUAACAGCACUCCAAAUCCUGUACUAUGCUGUCACCUGGAUUUACUCCAGGUUUUGGUUCAGAGAUGCACAAAACCAUUAGAGAACUGAGACUUUGCAGCCAAACGGACAUUAAAAAAAAGUCAUGCAUGGUGCCGCGGUGGCUUUUGAAAACUGUUGUCAUCAAAGCCACAUGCAUGAAGAUGAAAUGUGUCCCGUGUCAAGUCGAUGGAGACCAACCCCAGCUGAUGUUCUUCCCUCGGGGACAACACGACAUCUGCCGACCGCUCAAGCGCCAAACCUGCACAGACAGCGAGCGGAGAACUUCAAAGAACUUCAGUCCCUCAGAGCGCUCAUGCAACCAGAUCACCUUCACCGGGCCGUCGUUACCACGCGUCCAACGAAUGUCUGCAGAACUGCUGUUUGUUUACCUCUUAUUCUUAUUUGUGUUAGUCGUAAAUUUGAUGUUGCUGUCGGCCUGUUUUUUUUGUUCUGUGUUGAUACUGAUACUGUACAGUUUCCAUCGUGUGUCUUCUGUACAUAUGCUUUCAGGAGCUUCUUGAUGUCGAACCAUGUAGAUCGUUAGUUUAACGGCCCAUAAUCCUUUGCAAGUAUCCUUGAUACCAAUGUCACUUUGAUCAUAGAAGAUAUGAAUAUAUCAAAAUACAAGUGUCAUGAUGUAAAAUGAGGAAUAAAUAUUUAAUUAAUAAUUAUUAAUGUAAAUUUUUUAACUUUUCACUCAGAUUGUUAAUACAUUUAGUACAUUUUUCAAAUGAAUACAUUUUCUUUCAUUAAAUUGGAAAAAUACUAAAUUAGCCUCAGAUUUUUUAACCCCACUAUACAUAUUAGGAAUAAUUCAUCCAGAAAUGAAAAUUCACUUAGGCCAAUUAUGAGUUUGUUUCUUCACGGGAACAGAUUUGGAGAAAUGUAGCAUUACAUUACUUGCUCACCAAUGGAUCCUCUGCAGUGAAUGGGUGCCGUCAGAAUGAGAGUCCAAACAGCUGAUAAAAACAUCACAAUAAUCCACUCCACUCCAGUCCAUCAGUUAACAUCUUUUGAAGUGAAUGUUUGUAAGAAUCAAAUCCAACAUUAAGGCAUUUUAACUGUAAUUUAAUUCUCAUUCUGACGGCACCCAUUCACUGCAGAGCAUCCAUUGGGGAACGAGUGAUGUAAUGCUAAAUUUCUCCAAAUCUGUUCAGAUGACAAAACAAACUCAUCUGAGAUGGCCUGAGGGUGAGCAAAUUUGUUAUUUUUUAUGUGAACUAUUCCUUUAAAAUUAAUGAAUGUACAGUUGCCCUUUUAAAUAACAAAAUAUGUCCGAUUUCUAUGUUAUUAUGAGCCAAAUCUGGUGGGCCAAUUAAACCUCUGCAAACAUUGUAAGCUCUUCAAACCCUUAAAAUGUAGUAAAUGUAAUUAUUUUGACUUUAGGUUAUAGUUUGAAUUUUCUUCUAUUUUUGUAUUUAAUGUAUAUAAAAGAUUAUAUUAUUUAUGAAGUGUUUAUAGGGAAAUUUGGUAUGAACAAUGAACAAUAUAGAUCAAUUAUAGGAAGGUGUACUAUUCAUGCUUAAUCCAAUCUCUGAGAGAGAUAUGACAGAGAUUAAAUGGAAUCUUAUUUUUAUUUUUAAAUCUGGUAAAAGAAGAAAUAGAACGUUUAGAAAGUGUUUCAGCACAAGCAUCUUGAUCUGUCAGGUGCUUCGUGCUGAUAUUACACAUUAGUUCACUGUCCUAGCGAGGUAUUUAUGUCCCUGUCUGUGCCACUCAUCUUCUCAGAGUAUAACGCACCUGUCCAUGUGAAUCUUUCUGUAAAUCAGUUUCAUACAUAAAUUGUAAAAUGCAGAAAAAAAAGUAAAUACGUAAAAAAAAAGUAAAAAAAAAA